ACCACGUUAAUGAGCAGCUCAGACGUCUAGAGGUUUCGGUGGUAACCUUUGGUUAAUGAACUAUGCAAUGAGUAGCAACAUUGCCUAUAACAAUGUCACAGAAGAGAAGAAACCCAAACGACUCAUUUAUGCGAAUCGGUUCUCAGUGCGCACCUAAAAGAGUCGACUCAUUCGCGAACGACACAUCACUACCACGCUAAAGGUUAAGACUCGUCGGUAUCUACGUUAGGCUAAUAGCCUAUAAAUAAAAUAAGUAUUCUAACGAAACAGCUGCAUGGUCUGUUUGAAAACAGCCCUGUAUUGUGCAUGUGCAAACGCAGAUGAUGUCUAGUACGGAUUUGUCCAGCGCCUGUGGCCGGCACACGUCGGAUCACCAAGAUGUGAAAACCCUGAUAGAGGAAGAAUUCCAAAAACAAAUACUUACGGAGAGUAAUGAACUCAAGAUUUCAAGAGAGUUGUACCAUCCCUCAGGGAACAAUACAGAUCUUUGGGACAGUAUAUGGAAACCCGUUAAUCCAGCCUUCUGCUUGGCCUGUGACACAAUGUUCCCUGAUAGGUUGACACUUGAAGAGCACACAUGCCCUUUUGUAAACUUCAUUUGCUCAUGUGGUGUUAGUUUCCUUAAUUAUCCUGAAAUGUGGGCCCAUAGUACUUUCCACAGCCAUAAAGGCUCUUGUGUACCAAGUCAUCAAAGUGCCAUCCAGAGCAGGAUAACUGCUACUAAAGAACAAGAGUCAAAGUUGAAGUUGUUAGAGACAACAGCAAAGAACCUUGGUCUUGUUCAGAACACUGCUCAUUUUGCAUGUUUGCCUUCUCCUAAACCCAGGUACAAAAGUGGACAAACUAUAAACCUGUGGAAGCAUUUCAAGCCAGUUGUGAAGCUGGAGACUAUUCGAAGAUUUUACUCCAAAGGAAAAUACAUGUGUGCAAUUUGCCAAGAAGUAUUUUGCAAACAAGACCAGCUCAUUGAGCAUGUUAACAGUCACUAUAAGGCCUACAUUUAUGGUUGCAAUCAUUGUGGGUUGCUUUUGAUUGGAAGUGUUCCCCCAAAACCUUACCACAGGUGUGGGUCAUUUCAAACAGCUUUUUCGAAAAGGUUUACUAUUGGCCAAAUGCAGAGAGAUCCAUUAUUAGCUGACUCCUAUCCUUGUCCACAUUGCUCUAUAAAAUUUGGUCAUCUGGGGAACCUUAGCAACCAUAUAUACCUCAACCACACCAACCUAAUCAAUAGUGAGGAAACUUCAAAGACAUUGUCUCAAGUAAGAAGUGUGACGGGAGUUCACAGGACUUUGGACAGCAUGCCAAAUGAGAUGCAACAAAAUAAAAAAAUGAGUUGUGCCCUUUGUGGGAAAAGAUAUGACACGAUCAAGAUGCUUGGGAUGCAUUGGUGCAAAAUUAAGGUGACUUUGCUAAAGCCUGAGGCAGUAGCAAAGAUGUCUGCCAAACAAGAACAGCAAAGAUGUGAUCCAAAUUAUCUGGCAAAGAGAAGCUGCAGUGAAGUGACCCUUCGGUUUCAAGACAUCUGCAACAUCAAGACCUAUGAUUGUGCAAAGCUAUUAGGAAUAAAAAGUGAGCCAAUAGAAGUGAAUCUUAAAAUGACAACUUUUCCCCACAGUCUGUCUGUAAAAACUGAGCCUGAGUUGCAGGAUGAUGAUUAUGGAUUUAAAAAGAAUGGAACCACCAUUUUACCAAACAGUAUAAAAUCUGAAGAAAUCUAAAGUGUUGUCUUGGUAGGAUACAUUAGGAUGCAAUAGGUAAUUAAAACUUCCUUAGAAUUAUUCUUUUACAUUGUUAGUUGUCAUAUUGUUUGUAAUCGAUUUAUAUUAUUGCUUUGCACAAACCAAUAAAAGUGAUAUAGUUUUCCCAUCUUUUUGAUUAGCCCAUCGUUCAUUAGUCUGGUUGCUGGGAAAGGGGAAUACAUUACAGGAAUUCUCUUUUCUUAUAUAGCACACCCAAGGUCCUAGACUCAGACCCUAAUGCCAGUUAUGUACGUAACUCUGGUUGCAUGAAUACUGGAUAACCUCCAGGGGCAUACAAAGUCACAAAGUGAACGUGACUCAAUAUUUAAUGUAAAUACCGUAGCCACAUGCUUAUAGAUUCCCUGGAAACUUGCCAAGUUCCUGGCAGGACGGUGAUUGUUCUGAAUGACAAGAAACAAUGGCGGGUAUCUGGUGUUCCUAGAACCACAGUUACACGCGUAACUAGUGUUCAUGUGGCACACAAAGAUGAUUUGCUACCUUCAGAAAGGCUGUGGCAAGUUACUAUGAGCCAGCAGUGAGAUGCUACACUGGUUGCCACACCUUCAAUGCAGAUGGAGACUUUAUGCUGUCUAGUAGUCCCUGGUGCACUGGAUUCAGACGAUUGCAUGCACAACAUUUGCUGAACAGUUUCCACCAGAGCAACGCCUUUGUAUUAGUGGCUUUUGUAUUCAGAAGCAUAUCUAGGACUGCCGUGUACCAGUCAUCCACCUGCUGUAAACUCCAAGGGGCCAAAGAAACUGAUGCAGGUAAUCUGGCCAAGUGUGCCAAAUCAUUCUGUCCAUUUGGGUCAACAGAUCAGAGCAAUAGUGGAAAGACAGACACAAUGUCUCAGAUGUCUAAGAACUGGCAGAAAAAAAAUUUAUGGCUAAACAUUCCACCCUCAUUUCCAACUACUUGAUGUAUUCUCCUGACAGUGGGGCUCCACACGCUUCCUGUGCCACUGUUGGAGCACACUGUCUUUAGAACUGAUUGUAGUGGUGUUUGUCCUUGGCUUCCAUGGAGCUUAGACACUGGUUGCAUGAAUGUGAAUCCAGCAGCAUAGUUCAUUAUUCACUCAGACCUGAAGCUGGGUGCAGUGGAAACCAGCGAAACCACAGGGAGUGUGCUAUAUGAUGAGAAAGUAAAACACUCAAAUGCGCUAUUAGAAUGAGUCACAUACCCACUAGUGUUCAGUGGUGAGGGAUGUGGAAGCUGAAGAUUUAAAUCUUAGGCUUAAAUUAAAAAACAGGUAUUCCAUUUUUACUAGACUAAGCUGCUGCUACACAAAUCUUUUAAAUUACAUUGUGGCAGAAGUUCUGAAGCUGCCUUUCCAGACGUUUCAAGUACAAGAGUAGAGUAGUAGUAAAUUCAUCUUACUUAAAAAAGAAAGUGAAGUUUAUUUCACUCUGUUUAGCAUAGUUAUUGCCAAUGUAGUAUAAAUGAAACACAGGUGAAACAUAAUGGGUGCACAUGCACAGUUUAUUAUUAUUUUGUCCAUUGGACUGAUGCCCCAUUUAAUAGAAUUAUUAUGAAAAAUAAUAACAAUUUCUAAUAUUUAAUAGUAAUAAUUUACCCACCUACAUACCCUACACCAGACACUCCUCUAUCUUGCUGUACUUAAUCUCUCUUACUGAGAGAUUCCAACUCAGUAACGGGCACUCCUCCCCCUCCACCAACUGAGUCAAAACUGCCCCAGCCCUCUGUCUGACUCUGUUUGACAAACAAAAGGGAAAGAAAAAUCAGGACAAUGGAACAGUGGGCCCGCACACAAAAACGCUUUUACCUAACAAAAAGCCUGCUCGCACUGCUCCGUCCAGUCAGGUCAGUCAGCAGGCUGGUGAUGUCAAAGAAAUUAUCCAAACAGGUUCAUUGAAACUGGACAGUUGAAGCUUAGGAAAAAAAUCACCUGGUCUUUUCCAGUCUUCAACUGUCCAGUUUCAGUGAGUCUGUGCCCAUGAUAGCAUCAGAUUCUUGUUCUUGGCUGACAGGAGUGGAACCUGAUGUGGUCUUCUGGUGUUGUAGCCUAUCCAUCUCAAGGUUUGAUGUGUUGUACGUUCUGAGAUGCUUUUCUGCUCACCACGGUUGUCAAGAGUGCUUAUUUGAGUUACUAUAGACUUCCUGUCAGCUCAGACCAGUCUGGUCAUUCUCGUCUGAUCUCUCUCAUCAACAAGGUGUUCCAGCCUACAGAUACUCCUCUCCCAGGGUGGUUUUUGGCACCAACAACCAUGCCAUGAUUAAAGUCACAGAGAUCAAAUUUUCCCCAUUCUAAUGUUUGAUGCAUGCACGCACACACACACACUGCUGGAGCGUGAACUUGAACUUUGAAGUUGGACAGGGGGAAAGCUGCAAGCUAGUGACGGCCUCUUUUCAGUUGGUUUGUGUUGAGUUUUUGAAAAUGUGCUUAAAAAAUGCAGUGGAAACAAUAGAUGUGAACCUGGCUGAAAUUCCACCUGUGUCCUGAGUCUUCCUCCGCACCCAUACACACUGGGUUCUACAAUAACCUAUCCUUAAUAACUGAAAAAUAUGGGUGGGAUAGUGCAAAAUUAGGAUGAAUUUGCUGACCAUCAGUUACACUCACUUGGUUGAAGGCUUGCCUCAGGGUCUUGUCACUGGACUGCUCCAAGGGGAAAUCCCAUAGGGGAAUCCCCGUGAAGAGUGGAGUGUUGGAACCUUCCCCACCCUCUGUGUCUCCCUGAAGCAGAGAUGACAUUGACAGCCCUGGCACUGCCUCCCCAGCUAACGCUGUACACAUUCCACACUGUGCCUCUCUACUGCAGGACCCAUCCACAAACAUUUCUCAUACCAAUGUCCGAAACCCUGGCCAAUUUGUCCCAAUAAUUAGUGGAUAGGUGAGGCAAGGACUAAUGGCCACGUCUACUCUAUGCUUUUGCCCCUCAGGAUUUAAUAAUGCCUAGCACCAAUGGACAUUCAUGAACAUCCCCGUGCACACACCUCACCUUCACCAAUCAUGCAUUUCCCAAUGCCCUGCACUGAAUUAUGCUAUAACAGACAGUGGUCUGGUUACACCCCAAGUCCACUAAGGCCUGAGGUGUACUCCCUUGUAUACUCACUGACAUGCAGUACAUUCCUGCUUGAUCAGCAGAGGCCUGCUGUCAGGGAUCCAGAUCAGUGUUCCCGCUUUCAUGAGGGAACACUGGUCCUGGAAAUGCCCGGCUUUCCCCAACAUGCCAGCAAACCUGCCCUGGCUUUGCACUGGGCCUGGUGAGCUUGGAAGUUUCUACCUGUGUGAAGAGAGAGAGCUGGGGCAGGCAUCAGAGGAGAAGGAGAAGUUAAGGGAGGAAAAGUGGGGUAGAAACCGGUUUCAGGGUGGUUUCGGGGUCCUGGCAUCUUGGUCUUGGGGAGCUGGAAGUGAAGGGGGAAGAGAAAGAGAGAGGAGGGGGAGAGAGACAAACAGAUUGAAAAAAGAGAGCCGUUUGCCACUGCAGAAGCCAGCAGGUGAUCCUCCGCUAGCUGGAUGUCCAGGGAUACUGGUUGGUGGCACUGGACCCACUCCACUGUUCCUGCUCCUGCUCCAGCACCACCAGAUUGAGAAUUCCCUUGCCGUCCCAAUCCUCAGCCAGCAUCCACUGCUGACAGGAGUCCUUGAGCUGCUGCGUGAAGACAACCAGGCACCAACCUCCUCAAGUUCCAGGACCCGGAAACCCUGUCGAUGUUCCUCCAGGGUCCAGCCUGUUGCAGCAGCAUCUAGAGCACUCAUCGCUUUUUGGCCUGCUCCUGAGCGAUUGCACACAGAGCAGGUUGAGGAGGGCUUAAUGUUGCAUCUAGUGGAGGCUGACGAGGGACUUAACGAACUUGCUAAGCGGAGAAGUUUCCAUGACUGGGUCUGGUACCUCCUUCAGGGUUUUGGCACCACUGUAGAACCCUGGAAGGAGGAUUCGGGAGACAGUUGACAGUUUUUUUAAGAAAACAUCAUGCUCAUAUUUUCACCAUGUUUUUCAGCUCACUUUCAAAAACUCAACCAAACCCCCUGGGCCCAUAUAAUAAUACAAAUGGGAAAAACCCUCACAGGCAUGCGAAUAACUGUGAAUAACUGGGGUUCAAGUCACUUAUCCCAAUUCUGAGCAUGCACAAACUUGUGUAUCAUAUUUUUAAAGGUUUGAAAUUAAAUCGUUCGACUAGUCCUUCCAAUUGAGGAUAGUAAACACUGGUAUGAAUUGACAAUCCCUAAGAAUUCAUAAAGUUUCAGAAGUGUGUGUGACAUGAAAGUAGUGCCCUGGGUAUUCAGAAUGGUUAGCCAGAAGCACAGCUUCUGGCAACUAAGUUCUGGUGGAUAAUACAACAAACACAAAGCGAUGCCCUUGUGUACUCCAUUCUAAUGGCCCAAGGAGGUCCAAAAGCAUUUCCCUGUGGCUCCUUGGCACCAGCACCUGGAUGCUUUCCUCAUUUAUCUGAGUGUUCUGUGUCACUCAGCAGAGCAUAUAUUUUUUCCCAUUUUUCUCCCCAAUUUGGUCACCUUUCAAUUCUCAACCACCAGCCAGCUCUCCCCAUACAUGGCAGAUACCAGCUGGGGAGGGUGAAGGCUAACACAUGCUUCCUCCAAGAGACAUGAAUCCAGCCAACUGCUAUUUUUCCCAACUACUGCUCGUGCUGUCACGUGGCAGCAUUACAAAAUCUGAGGAAAGUGCUAUCUGCCCUCCUCAGCAUACAUGAGCUCACAGAUGCCCACGAUUGGUUGGUCCCACUAUUGACAGGGAUUGUGAGUAUGCCAUCCUUCUCACUCAGAGGACAAGGCCAAUUUUGCCAAUGACCAUCAAUUACUCUCACUUGAAUGAAAAUGUGUUUUCAGGAUUCAUCUUGUGACUGCUCCAAGGGGAGGAAACCAUUGAGGGCAUUCCCCACAGAGAGUAGGGGGUCAGCCUUCCCCACUCUUUUGAGUUCUUCAAAGAAGUCACUUCUUUAAAGCCCCUGAAACCUUGCCUAAUUAGUCCCCAGAAUCAGUGAAUAGGUGAGGUGUGGACUAACUGCCACCUUUAUUAUAUGCUUUUGGCCCCAAAAAUUUGUCUGAUAUGUUAUCAUUUAAAUACCAGCAGGUAUAUGGUACAUCCAUGCUUAAUCAGGGGAAGCCUGUGGCACAUUGAGGAGCUGUGAGGAAGUGCCUUAUCACUUCCAUAACUAGACAUUGAUCCUGGAUGGUGCAGGUUCUCUGCAGCUCCUGAGACUUCCUGAGCACUGUUUGGUCAUAGAAAGAGGUGGAGAACUGGAAGGAGAGGUGGGAGAGAUUGGGACGAAAUGGGUCAGCCAAAAGUCUGGGGCAGAGAAAUGGGUUUAGGAGAGAGAGCUCCUCAUUUCUGAGAAGUGGACAUAGGAGUAGACUGAAGUUAAGGGAGAGAAAGAGAGUGUGAGAAAAGAGGGUCUGCCUACCCCGGAUACACUGCCAGGUGAUUGUCUGCCAGCUGGAUCACCUCAUUCAGUGCUACUGCAUGGUAGCACUGGACACACUCAGCUGUUUCCACAGGCAGGCACAUGAUUAAUUGCUCCAGCACCACCUGGUCAACAACUCAGCUGACAUCACACCCUCCGUUGGGUAAUUACCACCGGCAGGCGUCCUGGAGGGUUAACAAUCUGAACCAUGGAUGCUGUAGUUCUGGAGUGUGACCGACCUGGUGCAGAAUCACCUUUAUGAGAUCCCAAAAUCUCCUUUGAAGCCUGAUAGAACUCCACUGACACCUGGCUUUUAUGGGAAUCCUAUGGUAGAUAGUACACUGUGUUUUAAUGUGAACAAAGAUUAAUGCUUAUUGGACAAUAAGCUUUUGUGUCAAUUUGGGUCCUGUCCAGAUGGAUGGCUUCACUGGGAUUCAGUGUGCGGGUGAGUUGGUUUUGCAUAAAAAAAAAUAUCUCAGUGUUUGUGGCACAAAGGCUAAUUAAACAAAAAAGCAGAAAGUUUUUGGUUGCAUAAGUAUUCUUGGGUCAAUACUUGGUAGAACCGCUCUUGGCUGCAAUUACAGCUGCAAGUCUCCUGAGAUACGUCUCUAGCGGCUUUAUCCAUAUGGAUCCUGAUAUUUUUGCACAUUCUUCUUGGCAAAAUUGCUCAAGCUCUUUGAGAAUGGAUGGUGACCGUUGAUGAAUGGUGAAGUUUUGCCAAAGAUUGGAUUGAGGUCUGGGCUUUGACUGGGCCAUUCUACUAUAUUCAGGUUCUGGGUUUGUACCACUCCAGUGUAUCUUUGGCAGUAUGUUUAUGGUCAAUGUCCUGUUCAAAGGUGACGUUCCGCCCCAGUAUCCAGUGUCUUGCAGACUAGAACAGGCUUUCUUCUUGGUUUUCUUCAAAUCCAAGAAGUUCAAUAUUCGUCUUCUCAGACCAGAGAAUCUUUUCUCACAUGUUUUCUGAGCCUUCAACGUGCUUUUGGCAAACUCAUAUGGUGUUUUUCUCUUCUCAUCACCCUUCCAUAAAGCACAGCUUUAUCUGGACUGUGAUUGAACAAAUCUCUCCAGCUACUUAAGAUCUCUUCAAUUACUACCUUUGUUUUUAUCUGUAAAUAAUUUUGCAAAUAUGUUGAUUCUUGCCCCCAUUUCAGUAAUAUGGGCUAUUUUGUUUAGAUACUACAUGACAUAUUAUCCCAACUGAGUCCAUUUCGUUUCCAGGAUGUAACACUACAAAACAUGUAUGCAGAACUUAGGGAAAAAAGCCAUUUCUGACUUUGAAAUAUGCGAUGAAAUGAUCAACUAAGUCAGAAUUCCCAAUUGCACUAGGGUGUAAUUUACUUAUAUUCACUGAAACAAAAGUUAAACUAGUUGUGUAUGCUAAGCAUUACUACUACUUUAUGUAUUCUAGGAAAUUGCUCUUAGAAAGCAAUCCAAUACAGCAAAAUUGGCCAUGUUCCCUGGGUGGGAAGGAUACACUCUUCCCUGUCAAUCACAGCAACUGUAGCCAAUCUUGGGCAUCUGUGAGCUCAUGUACUAUAUACAUUAGAGGCAAGGUAGCACUUUCCUCAGAGAGUGUAAUGGUGUCCUGUGAAGGAGAAGUUCGAAAGGGUGCUGCUGGUGUGUUCAGGCCACAGCUUGACUAAAUUAAAGGACAGCAGCAGUGGAUGUGGAUGCUAAGGCACUAAUUACACACUGCAAAUUGAUACCCUCUGCUGAUGGCCAAGAUCUGGCCUGGGUGUAUCACUUUCUAUUCCUUAUCUGACAUUUAUGCAAGGGUUAGGGUGCAACUUUUAAAAAACAGUUAAGUUGUUGUAAUGUUUUGUUUAAAACUUUGUUUUGAAAACUUCAGAGAAUAGUGUUCCUCCUUAAAGACAGCAAGUUUAUGCUUCAAAAUUCUACUUUUAGUAGCAAAUGUCAGGCACCAACAGAUAUCUUGGUUCCAAGCACCCACAACCAGCAGCUGGAGAAGUGCAGUCUGAAACAAUGUCUGAAGUGGGAGCAGAAGCAAGUGGGCCAUAAGCAAUGAUUAAACAAAGAUCAUCUGUUGCUUCCUCUCCUAGCCAUAUCUUGUUUGAUUCUCUUGUAUAAUUGUCAUGUAAUUCCUAGCAUAUCAUCAUAUACAGUAGUGUGCAAAGGUCUUAGGCACCCUAUUUUUUUAGUACAAACUUUAUUAGAGAUUUUUAUUUUAUGACUUCUACAUUAUCGAGUACAAAAACAUUUUAGAUUUCCAAACAUAGUUUUCCAGCACAAAAUUAAAUGUUACAGAAGAAUGUUUGUAUGUCAGUAAAGAAAGCAGCAUUAUGUAAGAGACCACUUUUCAGACAAAAAAACAUAAUGAAGGCUAUUGGGUUUUGCAUGCAAAAAUAAGAAACAAGUGCAACAGUCAAAGUCUCCAGAAGAACUGUGGCUGGUUCUGCAAGAUGCUCAGUAAAACAUACCAACUAAAAACACAUAUUGUACCUGCGACUACUAAGGCUCAUCAACCAAAUAUUGACUCCGUUUCAUUUAUUACUGUUUACAGCUCUUUACAGUAUUUUAAAUGUAGAAUCAUUUCAUUUAGUUAUUUUUGAAGGCAUCUUUGCUCUACAGCAUUUCUUUGCAUGUGACUAAGACUGUACUGUACUUGAUACAUUUGAUACUGUACUGAGAUAAUUGUAAUAAAUGGGAGACAAUGUUACAUACAGUCAAAAGCAUCAGUACACGAUUGGCUGAGGGAUCAGUAUUCUCAGCCUCAGAUACUCCCCCCUGGAAUGGCUUCCUGUGAUUUACUGUACCCUUUUCUGGUUACAAGCUUCAAAGGCUGCAAUCUCAGUGGUGAGAUGCACGUCUGUGUAUGCACACAUAUUGUAUGUUACACUUUGUUACACACUGAGCUUUUUUGGAGCAAGAUAUAGUCACUAGAUUAAAAAAUGUUCAUGGUAUGUUUUUAAAACCUUAUUCAAGAGUUUUCAAUUCAGUUCAAUUAAAUUUUUAUUUGCUUUUAAAAACAGACAUUGUAACAAUGCAACUUCACAGAAAUACAGAUAUAGAUCUAGGUCCCCAGUCAGCAAACCAGUACAUUUUGCUCACUAUA